AUGAAGGUCAUCGUUCUCCUCCUCGCGUUAGUAGCAUUCGCACUGGCUUCGGCAGAGGCCAAGCAAGGUCUUCGGGGGAUAAGCCACCUGGCGGUCGAGGGAGACAUGUGCCAAGGUGCUGAUCUGCAGAGCGACGUACACAACUGCGGCGGCUGCGGGCAGCGCUGCGCGUUCAACAAGUCUUGCUGUGGCGGCGCAUGCGUCGACCUACUGACCGAUAAUGAGCAUUGCGGCAAGUGUGGGUCUAUGUGCCCCAUGAAGGGCACCGAAAGGGCAGUCUGCAGCUUUGCGAUGUGCAACUACGCUAGUUGA